UUGGUUAGAGUGUGAAGUAAACAGCAUGUGCAUUCCUAAAGUCUAUAUUUAACAUCUUGGGUCUGUGCUGUGAGCAGCUGGGAAACUGUUACAGAAAGCCUUUAGAAGUGACAGGCAAACUAAAAGCUUUUCUGAUAUAAUUUUACCAUGCCAGCCCACCAAAGCAGGUCAAGACUCAGGGAAAGGAAUAGUGUCUUAAACAGACCUGAGUUUAUUUCUUUGACUCAGCCUAUGCAAGGAAAUCAAGACAACAGAGGGUUUUCCAGGAGGCAAAGUGGACAAUAUGGGCAAAAUCAGCAAUCAAACGACAGUGCUAAGGAAAAGGACUCUUCUCAACUCCCUGAACAAGACUGUAUGCAGUUGAACCCUUCAUUUAAAGGGAUAGCUCUUAACUCUCUGCUCGCCAUUGAUCUGUGCAUGUCCAAGAGGCUUGGGGUGUGUGCCAGUACCAGUUCAACAUGGGGCACUGCUCGGCCCAUGGUCAAACUCAUCGGGGUAACUGGUCAUGGGAUCCCCUGGAUAGGAGGCACUCUAUACUGCCUGGCCAGGAGCACUAGUCUUGCCGGGCAGGAGGUGCUUGUGAAUCUGCUUCUGGCCCUUGUCCUGGACAUCCUGACAGUCGGUGGUAUACAAAAACUAAUGAAGAGGAAAGGUCCCUUUGAGUUUACACCAAGCUGGAUUGACCGCAUUGCCAUGGACACUUAUGCCUUCCCAGCUGGUAUGGCUAGCCGAGCUGCCUUGAUCACUAAAUUCUUCUUGAAUCACCUGGUUUUGGCUGUACCACUCAGGAUUCUUCUGUAUCUGUGGGCCUUCUUUGUAGGAGCGUCACGUGUCAUGGUUGGACGACAUCACCUCACAGACGUCUUUUGUGGCUUUGUGAUAGGCUACAUGCAGUUCCACCUGGUAGAAGCCAUAUGGCUGUCUUCACAUACAUGUCAAGUGCUAAUAUCUAUCUGUAAUAUAGGAUAGAAUUAAUUCUGUCUUAUUAUAUUUUAAUUAUGGACUGUGGUAAUCAAUUUGACCUUCCCUAACAUUUAUAAAUUCUCUACACUCUCUAAAUCAGGGAAAUUUCUUAAGCUAAGCAGAGAUGAACAUUUUAAAAUACUAGUCCUACAAUGAACUUCAGUCUAAAUCUUUUUGCUGGAAUGCAGUAACUCAUUUUGACUGGUGCUUGUGCAAUUCAUUGAAACAGGCGUAUGGCAUAGACCCAUUUCAGGGAGUAGAAGCUUGCUGAUGGCACCAUUUAUUUACUUUGGUCUUACAGAUUUGUCUUGACCUUUGAGUGGGUAAGAAAAUGCAGUCAUGAAAUACCUCAAGUCACUGCAUUUGUGUGACAUAGAAGUCAUUGUCCUGGUCAAAACUCAUGUGCUUAAAAUCUUGAUUCCUUAAGGACACCAGUUAGCUAACAUGCCAGUGACUGAGGUUCAGACAUAGAUAUAGCUGUGUCAGGAGACAUAUUAAAGUCAAGGAAACUGGUGUGUAACAGUAAACUCCAGCUGCAAAUGGUUGUCUGUGUGUUUAGGUAUUAACAGUUACUCUUGUAAAUAGGCUGUUGUGUUAUGCCUUGGGCUAUGCCUGUCUUAAGGAAUGAAGCCAGAACUGUAAUAGACAUGCAGACAUCCCAAGAUGGCAUCUGAAAAAUUACUUCUGCAAUUUAGUUGUUUUCAGAUAAUUACUUAACUUAAUGUUCUGUGCAGAGGAUGUGACAGGGUGGGCUGCAGCCAUUGGCCAGCAGUAUAGCACACACGUGACACUGUGGACUGCAGCCAUUGGUUGCAGCACAGUACACGUGACAGUGUGGGCUGUAGCCAUUGGCCAGCAGCACAGUACAUAUUGGCUAUACCCACAUAUACCAUUAUAAACUUUAACUAGGAUAAUGUUUAUAUUAUUGGAAGAAGAAACAACAAGCUGUCUUGAUAAAUGUUUUAACAGGUAAUCAACAAGAUAAUUAGGAAGUUCCUAUUACUCAAGCAGAAGGUAAAAAAGCACAGCAGUUUUAUCAGGAGGGUUAAAAAGUCACUUUUAAGUUAUAAGUAAGUGGGAGUUUGUGGAUAAAAUCAGGUAAAGCAUUUUGUUUUGCCUGGAAUAAUUUGAAAAUGGUACAGUGAAUUUGAAGGGUCUAACAGAUUGUAGUGUUGUGAGUCCUUGUGUUUACUGUUCUGACACACAAGUUAUUGUAAGAAAAAGCUUCAGAUUCACACUGAGAUAAGGAGCUAUUCAUGUCUGUAUGUUAUAAAUGAGGAUUUGCAAAGUGGACUUGACAUGUUGGUACUUUUAUACACUUCAGCUUUCUCCUGUUCAACGUUAUGAAAGGAAAUGUACAAAAGUGAAUUAAGCAAUUAAAGUCUAAUGUUGCUGUAUUCUA